AUGGCUCCCUGCAUGGCGGGGGAACUCUGCGUGAGACAAGAGCAGGACCACAUGACUGACGGAAGAAAGGCACGACACCGCUAUACUCGAUAUCACUGGGCAAAAUCGGACCGAAAAAACCAGGGACGCAUUCACCUGCUCGAACACCACCUCGCCGACGUUGGCACCUGCUUCGAGGCCCUGAUGCGCCAGCCCACCAUCAGGAAACGGCUCGCCUCGACGGGCGGCCUCAACGACCUCAAAGAGUCGCUCGUCGCCCGGCUCUCGGUGUUCGCUGCCCUCCACGACAUCGGCAAGGUGAACAUGGGGUUUCAAACGCAGAUAUGGAAGCCCGAGGAGCUGCCGGGCAGGCGGCCCAUGCAGUUUCGUCGCGUUGGUCACACCUUGGACUUGACGCCGGUCUUGACAUGGAAAGACGAGACGACAGCCGCCUGGUUCUUCGACGCGCUGGGGUGGUGGUACGACGCCACAGAGUCAUGGGACGACCGCGGCGGCGAGACCGUCUGCGCGAUGCUCGUCGCCACGCUCUCGCAUCACGGCAGGCCCUUGCGGCUGGAAGACAGCCGGUCCGAGAACCCGGCCAUCUGGCGCAAGUUCGGCGACCUGAAGCCCGAGGACUGCGUCAAGCGCGUCGGCAACCUGCUUCGCCUGUGGUUCCCCGCGCGUUCACGCCGGGGAGGAUCGACCCGCCGUGCGAUCCCCGCCUUCCAGCACAUGUUCUUGGGCCUGUGCAACUGGGCCGACUGGAUCGGCUCGAACGAAGAAUGGUUCCCAUACGUGGAUGCACCCCAAGACGACUACAUCAAGACUGCGAGAAAGCGGGCCAAGCAAGCCGUCGACGCGAUAGGGUUGGACCUCUCAGACCAAAGACGCGACUUCAAGCGCGCGACCGAAUUCAGGACAUUGUCGGUAUCACUUCGGCGUUCGCCCACGCCAGACACGAAAACCGCGUAG